CAUCCGGUCCGCGCAGACGCACUUUCCCGCGGCGUUCGCCGGGUUUAUCCUUUGUGGCAAUCGGUUGGCUUUUGUGAGAGGCGGGUCCGCUUGCUCGCGCAUCCUUCCGACCGUCCGUCCGUCGGUCUGUCCGUUCUCCUCGGGGCCUGUCUGCCGGCCGCCCUGUGCGGCCGCUGGCUUCUGACGGCUGAGUCUGAGGCCGGCCCAGGUCCCGGCCCACAGUGUCCCGGGCGGAGUGUGUGACUGGCUGCGUGGGGCGCGGGCUAUGGGGCGUGAGCGCAGCCUGGAGUGUGGGGCGCUUGCUGAGCCUGCCUGACCCCGACCGUGGUGGGGUGGGGCCCGCGCGCGGUGACCGUGCAGCCGGGAGUGCGUGUGCUACCCCCCGAGGCUCCCUUUCAGGCUGUCCCUGAGCCCCAGGAGCAGGACCGGCGCCUCUGGGCCUGGCCUGGGGCCCAGGAGGCUGCAGAGCUGCCCACGCCUCCGGGGAACGCUGCCGAGGGGCGCCAUGGAGACCCCUGCCCCGAAGCCCCAGGAGACAGCUCUGUCCUCUCAGGAGCCUGCUCUUACCCUCAGAAAAAAUCCAGAGGAUAAAUUGGGUCAGGGUCUCCCGGAAGCCAGGUCCAAGGAAGUUCUGGGCAUGGGAAGAGCUCCAACUGAAGAGAGUCUGGGUGUGCCCUUGAAGAAUCAGUGACUUUCAAGGAUGUGGCUGUGGACUUCACCCAGGAGGAGUGGGGCCAGCUAGACUCCCCUCAGAGGGCCUUGUACCGUGACGUGAUGCUGGAGAACUACCAGAACCUUCUUGCCCUGGGUAAGACAGUUCCUUGAAGCCCAGUGUGCGGUCUGGCCACUCUGCCAUGCCACAGGACCCCCAGUCUGCAAGCCGGAUGUGAUCUCCCAUCUAGAACGAGGCGAAGAGCCUUGGUGGAUGCCCAGAGAAGUCCCUGGAGGGGCUUGUCCAGAGGGGGAGCCCGGACCUGGGGUGAAGGACAAGUCGUGUCAACAGCAGGGUGUUUACAAGGAAGAGCCUUGCCAGGAGCCGAUCACCAAACCACUGGGGAGGUCCAGCGUCCUCAGCUCCAGUGGCAGCGAGUGGGCCAGCGAGGGCCUGGCGGCUGCUCCAGGAAGAGGCAAAGCUGCGCUGCGGAGGCUAGCGCCGGGCAGCCUGGGGGACGUUCCCCCGGAGGGGCGCUGGCACAGCUGCAAGGCAUCUGAGGAUUUCCCCGCUGGGUGCACCCUCUUCACCCCUCAGACCAUUCCUGCAGAAGGAGACCCUCCUGACAGGCCCACCGCGGGCAUCCAGUCUGGCGGACGGAGAGGGGGCCCAGGGAGAGGCCCCAGCAAGUCCAGUGACCGCGGCGAACACCCACCCUUGAGCCGGCGGCGGGGAGUGGCGGCAGGGGACGGCCUGUUCGUGUGUGGCGAGUGUGGGAAGGCCUUCCGGCAGAGCUCGUCCCUGACACUGCACCGGCGGUGGCACGCCCGGGAGAAAGCCUACAAGUGCCACGAAUGCGGCAAGGCCUUCACAUGGAGCACCAACCUCAUCGAGCACCAGCGCAUUCACACCGGGGAGAAGCCAUUCUUCUGCAGCGAGUGCGGCAAGGCCUUCAGCUGCCACUCGUCGCUGAACGUGCACCACCGGAUCCACACGGGCGAGCGGCCCUACAAGUGCAGUGCCUGCGAGAAGGCCUUCAGCUGCAGCUCACUGCUCAACAUGCACCUGCGCGUGCACACAGGCGAGAAGCCCUACCAGUGCAGCGCCUGCGGCAAGGCCUUCAACCAGAGGACGCACCUGACCCGCCACCAGCGCAUCCACACCGGCGAGAAGCCCUACCAGUGCGGCGCGUGCGGCAAGGCCUUCACCUGCCACUCAUCCCUGACCGUGCAUGAGAAGAUCCACAACGGGGACAAGCCGUUCAAGUGCGGCGAGUGCGGCAAGGCCUUCAGCAGCCGCUCACGCCUCACCCUGCACCAGCGCAUCCACACGGGCGAGAAACCCUUCAAGUGUGGUGAGUGCGGCAAGGCCUUCAGCUGCCACUCCUACCUCGUCGUGCACCAGCGCAUCCACAGUGGGGAGAAGCCCUUCAAGUGCAACGAGUGUGGCAAGGCCUUCAGCUCCCACUCCUACCUCAUCGUGCACCAGCGCAUCCACACUGGGGAGAAGCCCUUCGACUGCAGCCGAUGCUGGAAGGCCUUCAGCUGCCACUCGUCGCUCAUCGUGCACCAGCGCAUCCACACCGGGGAGAAGCCCUACAAGUGCGGCGAGUGCGGCAAGGCCUUCAGCCAGAACCACUGUCUUAUCAAACAUCAGAAAGUCCACUCCGGGGAGAAGUCGUUCCGAUGUAACGAAUGCGGGGAGAUGUUCGGCUGGAGCGCCCACCUUGCGGAACACCGGAGAAGACACAGUGAGGAGAAACCCUUCACCAUCGAGUUUAACAAGCACUUACUGAGCACCUACUAUGUGCCGGAAGGCCUGCUGGGCACAGGGGACACGGGCGUGAGCAGCGUGGACACAAUCGAUGCCCUAGACGUGGCAGAGCUCCUGUGUGCCGUGCAGCCCCCAGCCGGCAGGACAUCCCCGCUGGGCAGCAAGCCUGGAAAUUAGCGUGGCGUGCCCGCCCCUUGGCCUCACUCCUUCCCCAGAAAGGGGAAAGCACAGCAGCUCAGAUACAUACAGCCCACUCAUGCCUCCGGUUUAGAGACUGGCUCUGCUGCCUGUGCCGAUGACCCACGCACUGGGACCACUCUCUCAGAAGUCAUCACCACCCCAGGAAGCGCUCCACUGUAGGAAAGAAGAGCUGAGGGCCAUCUGAGGGUGUCCCAUCAGCCUGCUUUCCUUAAUGGGCUUGCAAGACACAGGGUCUCUCCUGCAGGCAGAAAGAAGGUGUAUUGAUCAUUGUGUCCUCGGACGGGCUCCUGGUAUGAUCUUGAUCAGGAAUUUCCUUUGUAUGUUAUGUUUAGGAGGAUAAUGAUAAUAAUAAAAACAAACAGAAGAAUUACUAACAGUAUUCCAAGUGAACAUUAGUAUAUUCCAGGAGGGGAGAAUGAUCUCAAAUGGUGGGGGUUUAGGAAAAGGCAGAUUUCCUGGACUCACCUCCCUGCAGCAGCUCUACCACAGAGUCUUCUGGUAGCGACAGCUCUCCGUCUCAGGAGCACAGCCCGGCUUCGGCGUAGCCAGGUCCUGAUGUGCCAGCAUCGGGCCUGGCCUUCUGGUCCCCGCUGGGAAAUGGCGAGCACACAGAUGGAUGCUCGGCGUCCAUCCAGGGCCUGGUGCUGGGAUAGAUGUGUCUAGAAGUGCACCUUCACCUCGCAGUGCCUCCCUCUGCUCCAGGGAGUUCAGCUCGCUGGCUCGGCCCUGCGGGAGGAAGCCCUCCACAGGAACUCUGCCCGUGCUCUCUGCAGAGGUGGGUGGGCUUCAUCUAGAAUUAAUGUUCCUUCCGCUCAGUCCUAAGCAAGUCUAAGCUGCUUUCUCAGUGAUAAUACUUUACAUUUAUAUAGAGAGCUAUAGUAGUUUAUGAAGUGCUUUUUAGUAUACUUUUUAAAUUAUGGCAGCAAAAUAACCACAUUUCGGGAAAUGUGGAAGUCAGGAAAAAGGCCCCCCAUAAUUCCUAAUAAACUGCAUUUCGCACUUUGAUACAUUACCUUCUGCUUGUUUCAAAGUGGAUUUUUACAUUACUGCAAACAUAGUGUAUAUAUCAUUUUAAUCUUUUUUUUUUUUUCCACCUAGCUGCAUAGCAGAAUUUUUUCCCCACAUCACUGAACUGUCUGGAGUUGUAAUUCCCAAUGGAGGCAUAGGAUUCUAUUAGAUGUUCUUUUGUUGGAUGUUCAAGUUAUUUCUAUGUUUUCACCAUUAUAGAUCAUUUCACUGUUAUGAACCAUUCUUCACAGAGCAUCUUUUUGCAUUAUACUCCUUUAGCAUUUUCUUAGAUUUCUAAAAGUGAAAGUUUUGAGAUAAGGAAAUAACCUCAGGAACCAUUUUUUAUAUGGUUUUGGUGGUGUGUAAAGUCACACCAUUUCAUUAUCAAUAGAUCAGCCAGCAAUAGUGCUCAGGUGGGAGCGUCCCCUGUGCCAGGGAGACUCCGGCUCAAAGCUGGGUGUCCAGACAGUCUUCAUUCAGGUCCCGGUGCACGGGAGCACAGUGGUGCUCCCGGACACCUGCCACUCCACCACAGCCUUCCAGAGUGUGCAAGCGGCCUCCCAGGGCCACAUUGUGGCCACCAUGGACCCUACGUGACAAGUAGGAAAAGUCCUAUUGUACAGCUGCAUUUGUAAAAGACAAAUACAAUCUGGGCUUAGUUCGUCAUCAUCACACUCUCCUUCUAAUAUCAAAAGAACUUACAGUGAAAACAUCUCUGCAGGGCCCCGGACACUGCAGCUGCUGUCAGCCCUGCGGUGAGGGCUUCUGUGUACUCGGCUAAGUGGCGGCUUAUCAUCUCCGUACUUUGCACCUUCAAUGGCGAAUGAGGCUGAAUAUUGAACAUGCUGUGAUUCUUGGCCUUUUGUCUUGAAAAUGAUUUGAAAAUACCCUUCCCCCUCUUCAUUGGAGACUUGAUGUUUUUCUUUCAUUUACAUGUAAACUUUUUUUUUCCUGACUAUAUAACCAAUAUGUAUGUGCUGAAGAAAUUUGGAAAAAUAGUCAGAAAAUUGUAAGAAAAUACCCCUUGGUAUCAGUUCAUAGGCCACUGCCAGGUACACUUACUUCUAUAUUUUUUCUGUGCUCAUAUAAUAUGCCUUU